AUGGCGGUAGUGACUGGGGCUCUGCCAAGCGUCCUCGCCAAGCUCGGCGAUCUGCUAGUCGGAGAGUAUAAGCUGCAAAAGGGCGUGAAGGGGGAGAUCAUGUUCCUCAAAGCUGAGCUCGAGAGCAUGAAGGGCGCCCUCGAGAAGCUCUCCAGUAAACCGGCAGACCAGCUUGACAUUCAGGACAAGAUCUGGGCCAAGGAUUUGAGGGAGCUCUCCUAUGAUAUAGAGGAUAGUAUCGACACAUUUAUGGUGCGUGGCAAAGCCAGUCAGUCGGCCAAGCUGCAUGGCAUCAGGAAGUUUAUUGACCAAAGUGUCGGUUUGUUCAGAAAGGCAAAGAUUCGCCAUGGGAUUGCUACUGAGAUAAGAGAGAUCAAGAGCCGUGUUGUAGAGGUGCACGAGAGGCGUCGCAGGUAUGAUGUUAGCCUCGGUGUUGAUAAGCCUACCACUGCUGCUGUCGACCCACGUUUAUUUUCUCAGUACACAGAGAUUGAAGAGCUUGUUGGCAUUGUUGAGACAAGAGAUGAGCUAAUCAAUAUCAUUAUGGAAGAGAAUGAAGUGACCAUUCAGAAAGGCAAAAUAGUUACCAUUGUUGGAUUUGGUGGGUUGGGAAAAACAACUCUUGCUCAUGCAGUUUAUGACAAGAUUAGACCAGGAUUCGAUUGUUGUGCUGCUGUGUCAGUCUCUCAAACUCCUGAUUUGAAGAAAUUGUACAAGGGCAUCCUGUAUCAGCUUGACAAGAAGUAUGAGAACAUCAAUGAAAAACCAUUGGAUGAGGGGCAGCUCGUCAAUGAACUAAGAAAAUUCCUUCGACACAAAAGGUAUUUCAUUGUUAUUGAUGACAUAUGGGCUAUCUCAGUCUGGAGAAUGAUCAAAUGUGCUUUGCCUCAUAGCGAUGCUGGAUACAUAAUUAUUACAACUACACGUAAUUCUGAUGUUGCUGAAAAAGUUGGUGGUCCUUACAACAUGAAACCACUUUCUCAUAAUAACUCCCGGAAAUUGCUAUACAAAAGAAUAUUUGGUAAUGAAGGGAAAGACAACAAUGAAGAUAUAGAAAAAUGUCCCGAUGCAGAGUUAACUGAAGUAUCAGAGAGGAUACUAAAGAAAUGUGCCGGUGUACCCCUGGCUAUUAUUACGAUGGCUAGUCUACUCGCUUGUAAAGCAAGAAAUAAGAUGGAUUGGUAUGAGGUGUGCAACUGUAUUGGUACCGGUCUUGAGAACAGUAUAGAUGUGGAGAAUAUGAGAAAGAUCUUAUCAUUUAGCUAUUAUAAUAUGCCGUCCCAUCUGAGGACUUGUUUAUUAUAUUGUAGUGUAUUUCCAGAAGAUUAUAAAAUAGAAAAGCAUCGUUUGAUAUGGAUGUGGAUAGCUGAAGGCUUUAUCCAAUGUGAGAAACAUGGGGAGUCCUUAUUUGAUAUAGGAGAGACUUACUUCAAUGAGCUCAUAAGUAGAAGUAUGAUCCAACCCAUACAUGGUUAUAAUAAUGAUACAAUAUAUGAAUGUCGUGUACAUGAUAUGGUGCUUGAUCUUAUAUGCUCCUUGUCAAGUGAAGGAAACUUUGUUACUAUAUUAAAUGGUACAGAUCACAUAUCUCCAGCAAAUACGAUUCGGAGGUUAUCCCUUCAAAAUGGCAAGGAGCAUCAUACUGAAACUCUGGAAACCAGGAGCUUGCAACAAGUAAGGUCAUUUGUUGUCUUUCCAUCUGGCAUUAGUUUGAUGCCAGUUGUUAGGAGCUUCCACUUUCCAUCUGCCAUUAGUCUAAUACCGGUCUUUAGGAGCUUCCAAGUUUUACGCGUACUGGACUUACAAGAUUGUGAUCUUUCGCAAGGUUACGGCCUCAAGUACCUUGGGAGUCAAUUUCACUUGAGGUACCUAGGACUAUGUGGCACAAGCAUUGCGCAACUGCCUGAAGAAAUAGGAAGCUUGCAGUUUUUACAAAUAUUGGAUGUACGGAGAAAUAAACUCUCAUGCUUGCCAUCAACUGUUGUUCAGCUGAAACAUUUGAUGUGCCUGUACACCGACUUGUCAAUCAGAGUGCCAAAUGGGAUUGGGAGCUUAACAAGACUUGAAGAGAUGUCAGAACUACUAAUUGAUGACUCCAACAUGGACAUUCUAGAAGAAUUGGGAUGGCUAUCGGAGCUGAGGGUGCUGCGUAUUGCCUUGGGCGAAUGGAGCGACAAUCUGGUGGAGUGCCUGGGCAAGCUGCAAAAGCUCCAUGAGCUUAGUGUCUGCAGGCUCGCGGUGCUAUCCAUCGCCAUAAGGGUACUACAGCAGGCCGAUCUGGAUAUACUUGGGAGGUUGCCUGCUCUUUGCUAUCUAGAGAUGCAGGUGGAGCAUGAGGAUCUCGGAAUCCCUAGUGGAUUCCUCGUUGGUGCGGAUUCAUUCCCCUGCCUUUUAUCCUGCGAGUUCCGGGGAUUUGUCAGGCCUGUAUUGUUUCAGCAGGGAGCUAUGCCGAGGCUGAGAACGCUUUGGUCCUGGUUUUCUGUACGAGGGGCGAGAGAAAUCGCCAACAGCUAUGGUGGUCUCGACUUGGGCUUGGUGAACCUGCCAUCGCUCCAGAAGGUUAGCGUUGGAUUGGAUUGCAAAGGCGCUAACGAUGAGGAGGUGAAGGAAUUGAGAGCUGUGCUGAGGCAUGGUACUAAAAUCCAUCCUAAUCGUCCACGCCUUUGGAUAAACAGGAAAGCGGUUAAAGAGACAGAUAAUGAGUGA